ACUCUAAUGGAUUUCCUGUUGUAAACAUGGCACUUGUACCAUUUAUAUUUAUUCUAUUGUAUCAUGUGAAGCCUGCCAUGACUGGACUGGUUAAUGCUACAUCUAUGAAAUAUAUCUAUCAAAGGAAUAUUUUAAGAUUUCCUAACACUGAUAAAUGUUAUUCAGAUGGACAUUGGUAUUUAUUUCAAAAUUUCAAUGAAUGGAGUUUUGCAUGUCAACAGAUGUUAAUUUCCACAUUUCCUAUUGAUAAAGAAAAGAGGAAUUAUGUGCGUGAAGUUGAAAAUGCAGUAUUUUCAGUAGUUUAUCCAACCCCACUAAAGAAUCCAAGACUUGCUGCUGUAAAUGAUGAUGUUUUAACAACUAUUCUGAAUGUAGAUCCUGCUGUAAAAGAUAGUAAAGCAUUUCUGCAGUUUGUGAGUGGAAACAAUGUACUGCCAGGCAGCAAACCUCUAGCACAUAGAUAUGGGGGUCACCAGUUUGGUUAUUGGGCUGAACAGUUAGGAGAUGGUCGUGCAGUGAUGUUGGGCGAGUUUGUUAAUCACAAUGGUGAGAGAUGGGAGCUUCAGUUAAAAGGUUCAGGGCUAACACCAUAUUCAAGAAGAGGAGAUGGAAAAGCAGUGAUUCGGUCAUCAGUGAGGGAAUUCCUGUGCAGUGAAGCAAUGUAUGCCCUAGGUAUUCCUACAAGUCGUGCGGCCAGCAUUGUUGUUAGUGAUGACCCAGUGACUCGUGAUCAGUUUUACAAUGGAAAUUUUAAGACAGAGCGUGCUGCUGUGGUACUGAGACUUGCCAAAUCUUGGUUCAGGAUCGGAUCUUUAGAAAUUCUCACCAUCAGCAAUGAAAUCAGUUUAUUACGAUCUUUAGUUGAUUUCAUUAUCAAAAAUUAUUUUCCUAAUAUUGAUUUAAAUGAUACAGGAAAAUAUUUGGCAUUUUUUCAAGAAGUUGUUGAGCAAACAGCAUUUAUGAUAGCAUUAUGGCAAAGUGUGGGGUUUACACAUGGGGUUUGCAACACAGAUAAUUUUAGUAUACUAUCUAUUACAAUAGAUUAUGGCCCUUUUGGGUUUGUAGAAGGGUAUGACCCAAAGUUUGUUCCUAACACGUCAGAUGACGAUGGUCGGUAUAGUUAUGAAAAACAACCAGAUGUCGGAAAAUUUAAUCUUAAUAAAUUACGGCUUGCUUUAUUACCUCUGUUGAAUAAAAAACAGGCAAAAGAAGCAGUUAUGAUUCUAAAUGGUUAUGCAGACGUAUAUAAAUUCAAUUUUAUGAAACUAUUCUAUUCUAAAUUAGGCUUUAAAAGUAUUACAAGUUUUAAUGAAGAUGAUGAGCAAUUUAUUGCAAUACUUCUUAAAAUAAUGGAAGACACAAAAGCUGACUUUACUAUGACAUUCAGAGAGCUCUCUGAAAUUUCACUUGAAACUCUCUCAGACCUUAUAAAACAAGAUAACAUUCCAGAAAAAUGGUGGGCAUUGAAUGUUCUAAGUAAUCAUGACUGGUUUAGUAAGUGGUUAAAAAUCUAUAUUAAUAAACUCAAAGAAGAGAAUAUCAGUGAAUCUGCAAGGCAAAAUAUAAUGCUCAAAGUGAAUCCUAGGUAUAUUCUCAGGAAUUGGAUAGCUCAAACUGCCAUAGAGAAAACAGAGCAGAAUAAGUUUGAUGAAUUAAAGUUUGUGUUGGAAGUUUUAAAGAAACCUUAUACAUACAAUGAAAGGGCAGAAGAAAAGGGGUUUGCAUCCCCUCCCCCAACCUGGGCCAGAAAACUUAGAGUUAGCUGUUCAUCUUGAAACAGCUGGGCAAGUGUUGCAAGUUUACCUUGCCAUUAGCUGCCAGUAAGUUUUUAUUUUUACAAAUGUGUAUGGGCGUGUGUAUGUGUGAAUAAAGUUAUAGAAUAUGUGUAUAGUUUGAAUUGGCUUAUAGGCCCAACAUGACUACUGUGAUGUUAUUUGUAUUUAUAACACAGUGUUGCUCUAAUAAAAUUGACUUACUUA